AUGGCGAAAAGGGACAAGAAAAGGAUGAAGAUUCCAAAGAACCGGCCUACAACCAACAUUACCGCUGCCGCUCAGAGACCUCAUUCCGACGAGAUAUGGCUGCAAUACGCUACUAGCAUCGAGGACUGGGAGCCCUCUAUGACCUCCGACAACGUUGAGAAAACCAUGAAGCAGAUCGAGGCAGCACUCAAGGCAGCUGCUGAGCCAGAAGGAAAGAGUGGUGACGAAUAUCGGAUGAAUAAAUCAGUUUGGGAAUACAGCGGAAAAGUGUUCGCUCACAAGGACGUCAGUCCCCUAACACUCGAAAUUCCUGUUAGGACCUACAGACCAUAUGAUCGAGUGGCAGGUCUUCCUGAGGAAAGCCGAAUAACGGGUCGUCAAUGUCUAUAUUAA